UAAAUGUUUGGUUAAUAAACGUGCCAAAGAAAAAGCCCCAUUCAACCAAUAACCUUUCGGUACAUCGUAAUAGAAUCUUUUCAACACUUUCCACGUGGCAAGUUCACAAAAAGCCACGUGUAGUAACAGUCAAACCAGUCAAAGCCACAACGGAUAUUAUCUUGUCUCCCGCCUUUCUUUAUAAAAAGCACACAAACAAGAACACAGAGACUUGUCUCUGCAACUCUGAAACCUCCGUUUGACCCUUUUACCUUUCAAGAGAGAGAAAGAAGGAUGACGAAGCUCGACGUUCUCCGUCGCUACCUCCUCCCGUGCGUCUCACCUCCGACGAAUCCAACCGCCGCGUCGCCAUCCACCGGACCAGUCUCCAAGAAACGUCUCAGCACUUCCCUCAGAGACGACAUCGACGUUCAAGACUCCGCUUCUUCCUCCGCCUCUUCCUCCGAGGCCGCAUCCUUCGCCGCCGCCGUUGAUUCCGACUCCGACUACCUCUCCGUCGCGACGCAGCCGCCGAGACCCUCGAAGACGAUGGUCAUCGGUACGCUUUUCGGGAGGAGAAAGGGACACGUGUGGUUCUGCGUGCAGCACGACCGUCUCUCAGUCAAACCUCUCCUUCUCCUCGAGCUCUCCAUCGCGACGAGCCAGCUUGUUCACGAGAUGGGUUCGGGUCUCGUUCGCGUGGCUCUUGAGUGUCCGACCCGGCCCGAGUUGAAGUCUUGCCUCUUGAGAUCCGUGCCGGUUUGGACUAUGUUCUGCAAUGGGAGGAAGCUAGGUUUUGCUGUGAGGAGGAGCGCCAAGGACGAGACGAGAGUGAUGUUGAAGAAGCUUGAGUCGAUGACUGUUGGUGCGGGCGUGUUGCCUUCUGGUUCCGGGUCGGGUGAAGCGGAUUCUGACGAGGUUAUGUAUAUGAGAGCGAACUAUGAGCAUGUUGUUGGAAGCUCUGACUCCGAGUCGUUUCAUCUCAUUAACCCGGAUGCUAACUCGGCUCAAGAACUCAGCAUCUUCUUGCUCAGGACCUCUUCCUAAUUACCUUCUUGUUGGUCUAAUUAUGAAUGCUUUUCAUCAAAGAUAGGUUUAGAGAUCUUAGUGUUUUGAGUUCUUAGUGAGAAAUUUCGAAGCGGAUUUGAGUUCUUGAGCGUUAAACAUAUUCUUUUGUUAGUGAGUUAACAAGUGUUCUCGAGUGUAAUGAUAAAGAAACUUUCAAGAUUUUGUUUAGUAAGAUUCUCUUCUUGAAGCAAUCUUUGUCACUAUUACAAAUAAAAAACGUAGCAAAAAGCAAACAAAACAAAACUUGCUGUAUAUAAAGUGUAAAAUGUUUAAGAUCAAGAAACAGACAAUAACAAUACAAAACUGUGAUGUCAGGAGAAUGCUGGCGUGGGAAAGACAAGUGUAAAGGAUAAUGCAUUUGAAUGUUACUUAACGCUCAAAUGCAACUCAAACCUAUACACUCCACGGUGGUAGUAGUAGUAGUAGUAAGAAAAGUAAAAAUUACUACCAAAGGGGGAAA